AAUCAAAUUGAAGAUGGUGAUUUUGAAAGAAGACAGUUAAAGCAUGCAAUGAAGGAAAGUCGUCAAAUGGCUUGGAUGGAGGAAGAGGGUCGUAGGCACUCUGUAUCAAAUGCAAGCGGUCGAUCAUCACAACCAUCAAGCUCAGGAAUCAAGCGCGAACCACCACGUAGCUAUAGCACAAAAGAAGCUGCAAGCAUGCCUGUAAGUGGCCUUGAUCCGUACAUGUUCCCGUCGAAACAAAAGUCAGUAAAAGGCAUGUUCUCAGGUGCGAACCUGAAAAAAGUGGAAAAAGCUAUUUCGAAGUUCUUCCUCUUCAAUGUCAUACCAUUCAAUGCAGCUGAUAGUGGGCCUUACUAUCAGUCAAUGAUUGACACUAUUGCGGAUGCAGGCCCAGAAUAA